UCUUCAACUCUGUUUGAUCAAAUUUGUUUUCAUGCAAUUGCUGCUUCUUUAGCUAUAAAGUAUAAGCAAGUAGCGCAGCUUUGUAGGCAUGUGAGUAGAAGGAGAACUAGUUAGCUGAAAGACAUUCUAUAGUUGGUACCAACAUCGACAUCCAAGAUGCUGCUGACUAAGAGCUUUGUGAAGAAAACGAAGAAAGGUGGUGUAGUAAAAGUUGUUCGUGAGCAUUACCUUCGUGACGACAUCUGGUGCGGGUGUCUGUGCUGCGAUGCAUGUCAAGCUACUGAGAAAUGCUUAGAGUCUGAACCAGAGCGGGUUGAAUCUCAUCUGCUGUCUGGAGGAUAUUACCUUCUCCCCGACACGAAUGUCGUCCUCCAUCAGAUUGAUUUCCUGGAGGAUGAUUCGAUCCACAAUGUUAUCAUCACACAGACUGUUGUGGAAGAGGUACGGCACCGCAAUGCAGCUGCGUACAAACGUUUGAGAGAUCUUAUUGGCAAGCCAGAUAAACACUUCUACGUCUUCUCCAACGAGCACCAUCGAGAGACAUAUGUUGAGCGUAAACCAGAUGAGUCGUCCAAUGACCGCAAUGACCGCGCUAUCCGGGAGGCAGCCAAGUGGUACAUGCAACACUUGCAAAAGAGUCAGAAGCCGGACACAUACAUUCUCCUGCUGACUAAUGACAAGGACAACCGAGACUUAGCUCGCACUGAUGGUCUGGAGGCAUAUGCAGUACGUGAGUAUGUGAAAAGCCUCACCAGUUCCGCCAUGUUGCUGGAUCGCUUGGCUGGGUUGGACGAGUCAAUGGAAGAAGACAUGCAGCCCGGCAAGAAAAGGGAAAUGUUUGAAGAGCACCAGUCCUUGUCCAAGCUGCAAACAGGAAUAAAGAGUGGCAAGUUUCUGCAGGGUACCUUUCACAUUAGCCGGGACAAUUACAAGGAAGGGAAUGUGAUUGUCAGCGGCAUGGAGAAAUCGGUGCUGAUCUGCGGUCUCCUGCAUUUAAACCGCGCUGUGGACGGUGACAGUGUUGCGGUGCAGCUUCUAGCCGAAGAUGAGUGGAAGAGACCUUCGGUUGUGUUCCAGGACGUGGCCAAUGUGGAACGCAGUGGCGACGAUGAUGACGACGACGAUGGAGACGAUGAUAAUGAUGGAGGCAAGGAAAGCAGCGCUAUGGAGACCAAGGCAACAACACCAGUGGCUAGUGAUACACAGAUGGAAAUUCGGCCAACCGGAAAGGUUAUUGGUAUUGUAAAGCGCAACUGGAGACCAUACUGUGGUAUUCUUCGAGCCUCAAGCAACACAGGGAGUUACAAUCACUUGUUCAUUCCCGCGGAGCGCAAGAUUCCCUACAUCAGCCUUCAAACACGCCAAGCUGAGCUCUUGUCCAGUCAGAGGAUUAUCGUCAGUAUAGACAACUGGCCUCGCCAUUCUCGUUAUCCUCGUGGCCACUUUGUGCGUGCAUUGGGAAAGAUCGGUGACAAAGACACGGAGAAUGAAGUGCUGUUGCUGGAACAUGAUGUACCACAUCAACCUUUCUCAGCAGCGGUCACAGCGUGUUUGCCCAGCCUACCCUGGCUUAUAACCAAUGAGGACGAGCAGAAGCGACAGAAUCUUCGCCAUCUUGCUAUCUGCAGUGUGGAUCCCCCUGGUUGCACAGAUAUUGAUGAUGCCCUUCACUGCAUCAAGCUGGAAAAUGGGAACUUUGAGGUCGGUGUCCAUAUUGCUGAUGUGUCACAUUUCAUCCGGCCCGGAACAGCUGUAGAUAACGAGGCAGCCGAUCGUUGUACAACCGUGUAUCUUACAGACAAGCGUAUUGACAUGGUGCCUGAGCUGUUAUCGUCAAACCUCUGCUCAUUGAGAAGUAAUGUUGACAGAUUUGCCUUCUCCUGCAUGUGGGAGCUCUCUCCCGACGCGAGCAUUGUGAAUACGCGGUUUGCCAAGUCGAUCAUUCGGUCUCGGGCAUCAUUCACCUAUGCUGAAGCUCAGUUGAGAAUCGACAAUGCUUCCGAGACAGACGAACUGGCAGUCAGUUUACGGUACCUGAACUCACUUGCUAAAAUCUUGAAGAAAGGAAGAAUAUCAAGCGGUGCUUUAACGCUAGCUUCUCCCGAAGUCAACUUCAGUCUGGACAAUGAAACACACGAUCCGAUCAGUGUCAAAACCAAGCAAUCACUGGAGACGAACAGUAUGGUUGAAGAAUUCAUGUUGUUAGCCAACAUCUCGGUGGCCCGGCAUAUCCAUGAUCAUUUCCCGCAAGUGGCUGUCCUCCGUCGCCAUCCAUCACCACCUACAUCAAACUAUGAACCACUUGUGAAGGCAGCACUCUCGAAGGGAAUUACUUUAGCUGUCGACACGAACAAGGCUCUCGCCGAUUCUCUUGAAUCUGCUGUGAUACCCGACCAGCCGUUCUUCAACACGAUGUUGAGGAUUCUAGCAACACGCUGUAUGAUGCAAGCUUUGUACUUCUGCUCUGGUUCCCUAGCCAGGGAUGAGUAUCAUCAUUAUGGUCUUGCUGCUGACAUCUACACUCACUUCACCUCACCUAUUCGACGAUAUUCCGAUUUGAUGGUUCACCGACUGCUGGCAGUGUCAAUUGGCGCUGACAACACGUUCGCCGAUCUGCUGGACAAGCACAAAGUCGAGAAAGUGUGCAAUCAACUGAACUACCGUCACCGAAUGGCACAGUAUGCAGGCAGAGCAUCCGUUGGACUUCACACACAGCUCUUUUUCAAGAACCGUGUGACUGAAGAAGAGGGUUAUGUUUUGGCAGUUCGAAAGAAUGCCUUGCAAAUCCUGAUACCCAAGUACGGACUCGAAGCUCCGUUGCGCUUGGACAGCUCCAUAUUCACCUACUCGGCAAAUGUACCGUCAGCUGAUGCCGGUGAUGUAUCGUUCACGAUAUUUGACUCACUGAUAGUGCGUGUCAGCUUGGAUGAUGAUGAUCUUCAGCACCAGCGCCUCAAGCUUGCGCUCAUAUCACCCAAGGUCAAGGGGUUCAGCGUGUCAUCGCAGAGUGAGUUGCGACAGUCCAUUGAGCCAGCAGCUAAACGCGUGCUCAAAUAACCAAUAUUACCGAUAUUCAUCUGGUCUGGUUGGUUCGGUCAAGUAAUCUUCUAUCGUUGUAACUUCACCAAGAUUUGGGGAAUUGUAAGUUGAAGUAUUGCAGUUCUCCUUGGUCUGCUUGAUAGUAUGCUUAUGUAGAUAAAUGCCGUGAAGGCUUGGUAAGCCCCACUGAAUGGGUGAACAGUCAACAUGAUUGUAUAUACAGUGCCAAUGAUGUACAGACGGCACGCUAGCCCAUGCUGUGAUCCUGUAGUUGCUGUGUCACAUCCAUGCUGUCUCCUCUGUACCUAGCCGUGUAUAGCGGUGUGCAUUCUGACAGUACACUAAACUGUGACUAAAGGCUAGUAAAGCAUGCAGGCACGGUAGUGGCGGCGGCAGCACUGCUGACUAGCAUGUCAGCUCUCUGUAGAAGGUGUGUGCCUAGUACUAGCAACCUCAUGCACAUGUACAUAAUCACAGUGUGAAAUUCUGAUUCUUUAUUUGCCACGAGACACAAGACUGUGUCCGAUCAUGUGUCAUACUGUAUUUAGAAAGGAAUCUGCUGCAAUAUUAAGUUAAUGUACAUAGCAAGAAGAUACCACUGUGUUACUGCUGUUUAUGCAUAUAAUAAAUUUAAUCUGUUAGCAAGCAAUCUUGAUGCUCUACAGUACUAUGACAAUGUAUUGCCUUGCCUUAGGCUAUCCGAUAUUUUAGGCUGAAAGUGCUGUCCAUCCAUUGGAAUCCUUAUAACUACAAGAUUUAGAAAACAUCGCUAAAAUA